AUGCACCGGCGAGCAAUUUGGAGGCUAUCGCGCCGCGUCGAUGUGUCCUCAUCGACUACAUCGCCAUCGCCGAAUCCCUCGUAUCCGCGGACCUUUCGAUCGUCCGCGGUCCGAUUAAACACAUCUGAAUCGGGCGGUGGAAAUGGUGAUGAUGCAGGCCCUAGUCCUUCAGCGGGUACUCCCAAGUUUGGAAACCGAUGGGCGAGCAGGCAGACUGCAAAGCCGACAGGCUUGAGUCCAUCAGAACAAGCUCUGCGAGAUUCUCUCGUGGCCAGCAGCCGACCCGCCUCUACUCCGGAGGCUUCCAAACGAUCAGGGCCUGCAUGGGGGAAUAGACAGGUUGCAAGGCCAACAGGUCUUAGCCAGGCGGAGCAAGCAUUGCGCGACUCUUUGAUGUCGAGAAACCGGGCGGCAGCUGCACCAGAAGCUCGGACCGGAUUUAGUCGCCAGCAAAAACCUCCGGGGUCGCGCCUUAACAGAAACCACACCCCCCGAUCUACCGACCAUUCCCCCGAAAAUUUUUCCAGGUCGACAAGGACCAACGCAGGAUCUCAACAUGAGAGGCAGCACAGGUUACAUCGACCUUCGCGGCGUACUGAUUGGCACUGUCAGAGCUGCGAUUUAAAUGUCUUCGCAAGACACGAUUCAUGUCCAUCCUGCAAGUCCCCGCGCCCAGAAUCACCGAGGGAAGAACCAAAGGAACGUCGAGCAGGAGACUGGAAAUGCCACGAGUGUGAUGCGAUUGUUUUUGGAUGGCGCAAAUCAUGCGUCCAGUGCGGCGCACCAAAACCGGCUUCCCAGACCUUGCGCAACCCCUCAGGAAAGAGAGAUCAUGCGGGGGCUACUAAGCUCAAAGAUCUAGGCCAGUCGAUUCUUGCGGAGACGGAAAAAGACAAACCCUUUAGUCGUCAAAUGCGCCACACCGAAAGCAAGUCUUCCCAAGAACAAGAACAGACAGCGAAAUCGGACAAACCGGAGAAGAAAGGCAAGAAAGAAAAGAAGGAGGUGGAGAAAGGGAAGGAUGCAAAUGCUGAGCAGAAAGAUGAAUGGGCCUGGGAUAUGUCUGCCCUGAAGGAUUUGGAAACUCUCGAGGCCCAGCAGAAUGAAAGUGAGCAGAAAAAGCCAAAACGACGGGACGGGCGAAAGCAACGUGCAUCGCAACCUGAAGAGGGCGAUUUUGACCCGGAGGAGCGCAACCGUCGUCGCGAAGAGCGCAAGCGCAAGAAGAACAGGGGUUCCAAGGAGGCCGAGACUGCCCCUGCACCUCUGUACUUGCCCGAGUUCAUCAGCGUGAGUAAUCUUGCUGAUGUUAUUGGUGUGCGACAGGCACAAUUUGUCGCCCGCAUGGAAGAGAUGGGCUUCGAGGACGUGACUUACAAUCAUGUUCUGGAUGCUGAAACUGCCGGUCUGGUUGCGGCUGAGUAUAACUACGAGGCUAUCUUUGAUACUGGAGCUGAAGACCUGAGUGCUGCACCGGAGCUAGAGGAUUCGUCUUCGUUGCCAACCCGCCCACCUGUGGUGACGAUCAUGGGCCAUGUUGAUCAUGGCAAAACAACCAUCUUGGAUUGGUUGCGCAAGUCUUCGGUUGCAGCUACUGAGCAUGGUGGCAUCACCCAGCAUAUUGGUGCUUUCUCUGUUGCGAUGCCGUCGGGAAAGAUGAUCACUUUUCUGGACACUCCUGGACACUCUGCGUUCUUGGAGAUGCGCCGUCGUGGUGCUGAUGUGACAGAUAUCGUUGUGCUUGUUGUGGCUGCGGAUGACAGUGUGAAGCCCCAGACUAUCGAAGCCAUCAAGCACGCUAUGCAAGCUGAUGUUCCUAUCAUUGUUGCCAUCAGCAAAAUUGACAAGGAAGGCCGCAACCCGGAUCGGGUGAAGCAAGACCUCUCGGUUCACGGCGUCCACGUCGAGGACUAUGGCGGUGACGUCCAGGCCAUCCCUGUAAGCGGUAAGACCGGUGAGGGUAUGCUGGAGUUGGAGGAGGCCAUCGGUGCCCUCUCGGAAAUGCUGGACCAUCGUGCCGACAGGACCUGCAAUGCAGAGGGAUGGGUUAUCGAGGCCACUACGAAGAGCUAUGGCCGUGUGGCCUCGGCCCUCAUUCGUCGUGGUACUCUACGACCAGGUGAUGUGAUCGUUGCUGGCCAGACCUGGGCUCGCGUGCGAACACUUCGUAACGAAGCCGGUGUGGCUAUCAGUGAAGCCACACCAGGCAUGCCGGUCGAGAUUGACGGAUGGAGAGAACAGCCUGUUGCUGGAGCCGAGAUUCUGCAAGCCCCCAACGAGCAAAAGGCCAAGGACGUGGUUGCCUAUCGUCAAGAGCGAUCGGAGACCCAGAAGAUGGGUGAAGAUAUGGUUGCUAUCAACGAGGCUCGCCGUGAGCUUUUGGAGAAGCGUAAGCUCGAGGAAUCGGAUUCGGAAGAGCCAACUAGCGCCAAAUCUGAGCCAUCCGGCCCGAAAGCAGUCAAUUUCAUUAUCAAAGCUGAUGUGAACGGCUCGGCCGAGGCCGUACUGAACUCCAUCGCUGCCAUUGGUAACAACGAAGUCUACGCCAAUGUCCUGCGUUCCGGCGUGGGCCCAGUGACAGAGUUUGACAUUGAGCAUGCGGCUAGCGCCAGUGGCCGCAUCAUCUCGUUCAAUACACCCAUCGAAGCUAACAUCAUCCGCAUGGCGGAGCUGGAGGGUGUGAAGAUUAUGGACCAUAACAUCAUCUACAAACUUAUCGACGACGUCAAGGAUGUUCUCAGCGAGCAACUAGCCCCUACCGUGACCCACCGGGUAACAGGUGAAGCUGAAGUUGGCCAGAUAUUCGAGAUCACUGUCAAGGGUCGGGACAAGAUUGCUAUUGCGGGCUGUCGUGUCCGCAAUGGUCUCAUCAACAAGACCCGGAAGGUCCGAGUAAUUCGUGGCAAUGAGACAAUUUACGAUGGCACUAUCACCUCCCUUAAGAACGUUAAGAAAGACGUAACAGAGAUGCGCAAGGACACCGAGUGUGGCAUUGGCUUUGAGGAUUGGACUGAUUUCGCUGUCGGUGACCACGUCCAGUGCUACGAAGAGAUUUUUGAGAAGCGCCACCUGUGA